AUGGCUUCCUGUCUCCACUUCCCGAGUCAAGAGUACAUUCCAGUUGCCGACUUUUAUGCGGAAAAGUCCAUUUUCGUCACCGGCGGCACGGGCUUUAUGGGCAAAGUUUUAGUUGAAAAAUUACUACGAAGCUGUCCGAAAAUUAAAAACAUUUAUCUAUUGAUGCGGCCUAAACGGGGUCAGGAUGUUGCGUCACGGCUCUGCGAACUCAUACAGUCACCGUUAUUCGAAACGUUAAGAAGAGAACGGCCGCAAGAGCUCAACAAAAUCGUUCCAAUCGUCGGCGACAUAACGGAGCCAGAACUUGGUAUCAGCGCAGCUGAUCAGGCCAUGCUGUGUCAAAAGGUAUCAGUCGUUUUUCACUCAGCCGCGACGGUGAAGUUCGAUGAGAAACUAAAGCUGUCGGUCACCAUAAACAUGCUGGGUACACAACAGCUCGUGCAGCUCUGCCAUCGUAUGCUUGGACUUGAGGCACUAGUUCACGUUUCGACUGCAUAUUGCAAUUGCGAGAGGGAAAUUGUAGAAGAGACGGUGUACGCACCGCCUGCGCAUCCCGAGCACGUGGUCACGCUGGUACAGACGCUGCCAGAUGACCUGGUCGAUAGGAUCACACCGGACUUAGUUGGUGACAGACCAAACACAUAUACAUUCACAAAGGCGCUGGCAGAAGACAUGCUUAUCAAGGAGUCUGGAAACCUUCCAGUGGCCAUCGUCAGGCCAUCUAUCGUGCUCUCGUCUGUGAAAGAGCCCGUUAAAGGCUGGGUGGAUAACUGGAACGGACCGAAUGGCAUAAUAGCGGCUGUGGGGAAGGGCGUGUUCAGGACUAUGUUGGGGACGGGUGAGAAGGUGGCUGAUCUGGUGCCCGUGGACACAGUCAUCAAUCUGAUGAUUGUGUGCGCUUGGAGAACUCAUUUGAGACGUGGCGAGGGCGUAGUUGUAUACAACUGCUGUACUGGCCAACAGAACCCGAUUACGUGGCGUCGUUUUGUCAAAACGAGUUUCAAAUACAUGAGAAAACAUCCAUUUAGUGAUCUCGUCUGGUAUCCCGGUGGAGACAUAACCAACAACCGUUUGAAGCACAGCAUCAUAACUCUCCUUCAGCACCGAGCUCCGGCAGCGUUGCUAGAUCUCAUAUCCACUGUCACGGGCAGGAAGCCUACGAUGAUGCGAGUCCAGAACAAAUUAGAGAAAGCGUCCGCUUGCUUAGAGUACUUCACCACACGACAAUGGGCGUUCUGCGAUGACAACGUGAAGGCGCUCUGCUCCUUCCUGUCGCCACAGGACAGGAUUACAUUCGACUUCGACGUGAGCAAGAUAGACUGGGACGCGUACAUCGAGUCGUACGUACUCGGGAUCAGGAGGUUUCUGUUCAAAGAGAGUCCGGACACUCUGCCCAAAUCUAGGACCAUACUAUGGAGGUUGCACAUAGUCCACACCUUAACCCAGGUCGCGACAGUUUUCUUCCUGUGGCGGUUUCUGUUCAGCCGUUCGACCGCGCUCCGCACUCUUUGGCAUCGAAUCUUUGACUUAUUAACAAGAAUCGCGCGCCUCCUACCGAUCGCCUGA